GCGCCGCUAGACGCAGAUGAUCUUAAAUCACACUUAAUUCCUCUGCUCCCUUUUUCCCUUCCCUCGUCUGCAUCUUGAAUUCUAGCCUUCUCCCCCUACUCCUUUUUUCCCCUUCCCUCGUCUGCAUCUUCCCUUCUCACUCGUCUGCAUCCCUCCUCUGUAUCUUCAGUUCCAGCUUUCGGGAAGAGGCAAAAGAGCCCCGUAACUUCGGGAGAAGGGGGGUCGCACAAAUCCUCGGCGCGGAAUAAAAAGGUCUGAAAUGAAAUGAUAUUUAUAGGCGGAGUGUUAUGCAAAUUGGCUCCAAGAUUGGUGGUUUUUAAAUUUCAAAUUUCAGUUUGGGCGCUUUUUUCUGGAGCCAAAAUUUAAGGAUUCUACCAGCUAUGUGUAAAGAAAAGGGAAAUAUUAAAAUAUUAAAAACAAAAGCUGCAGAUUUUCUCCAAACCCAGUGGAUAAUUAGGCAAUAACUUUUGGACCAAAGGAAGUUGCUCUUGGCGGGAAUCACAUUCCCCUAGGAUUCUAUGCUUUAAUAUAUGUAUAGAUAGAUUCCUCCAUUCUCAUUCCUACUGAACCAGCUCAACAGAACAGGGGUUUUGCUAGGGUUUAAUAUCUCUUCCCAUCUAACCUUGUACACGGUUUCCCAUUUCUAAGAAAUUCAAAACCUUAUGGCCUUCGCUUCAGCUUUCCGUCGCAUUUUUAACGGAUCAUCCACGCCGUCGCUCAAUAUACGCUCGCAGUUCUGUUCGAUUCGUUUCAGUUCCACUCUUCCGACGCUCACCUCUCCUAAGCUCUUCAUCAGCGGUCUUUCAAGAACGACAACUGAUGAUAACCUAUACAAGGCAUUUGCACCUUUUGGAAUUCUUCGUGAGGCAAAAAUUAUCAUUGACAGAGGCUCUGGGAAAUCAAGGGGGUUCGGUUUUGUAACUUAUGAUACUGUGGAAGAAGCUGAGAAGGCAAGGGAGGGAAUGAAUGCCAAGUUCCUUGAUGGUUGGGUAAUUUUUGUUGACCCGGCCAAACCAAGGGAAGCUCCUCAACAACCUCCUCCUCCUCGGCGAGAUAUGCAAUCUACUGAAACCGGUUACACUACGAACAAGACUGUUGGAUGGAGUGGCUAUUGACUUCUAUCCAAAUUCUUUGGAAGAUAUUUUGUAAUUGACUGGAAUAUAAUAGCUUUUGGAGAAACUGGACUAUUUAUUGAGACAUUUGGACUGCAGAAUCUGUGGUUAGUCGAAGCGAAUUGUAUACUAGUACAAUAUGCAAUAGCUGGAGGUAUAUUUAUAUCUGCAUCUGGCAAUGGCAUGAGGAAAAGUCACAGGCUAGUUUGUUACAUUGUUUCUA